CGUCACGUCAUGCGUCAUACGUCACGCGUAAUGCCAAGUGUACGCAGAAGAACUCCAAUCACGGAAUUUGGUAUUGAAAUUGUAUAUUGGAGACAAGCGCGAUCACAAUUCAGCCCUCGAGCCCAUAUAAUGUAAACGCGAUGAAGAGUAGGAAAGAACGCGUAGGGGGCUGAACGAAAUGUCGAUAGAAUACGUGCCGGUCAGCGAGGGCGAGCAGGACGAGCCCAUCGAGCUCCCCACGGAGGAGGACGGCUCGCUGCUGCUGAGCACGGUCGCCGCGCAGUUCGCGGGCGCCAGCGGGCUCAAGUACCGCGCCGGCGGCCGGCUGCGCGGCGUGCGCCAGACCGACGAGCGCCUGUCGCCGCCGGCCGAGGGCUGGGCCGCGCACCGCUACUGGUGCGCCUUCCCGCGCGCCGAGCCCGCCGCCGCGCCGCGCCCGCGCUGCUCCGACCUCAUCGUGCUGGGGCUGCCGUGGAAGACGGGCGAGGAGGCCGUGCGCGACUACUUCUCCAGCUUCGGCGAGCUGCUCAUGGUGCAGGUGAAGCGCGACGCCAAGACGGGGCUGUCCAAGGGCUUCGGCUUCAUCAAGUUCGCGUCGUACGAGGCGCAGGCGCGCGCGCUGGGCCGGCGCCACAUGAUCGACGGGCGCUGGUGCGACGUGCGCAUCCCCAACGGCAAGGACGGCGGCGCGGCGGCGCACCGCAAGGUGUUCGUGGGCCGCUGCACCGAGAGCCUGACGGCGGAGGACCUGCGCGAGUACUUCGCCGCCUUCGGCCAGGUCACGGACGUGUUCGUGCCGCGGCCCUUCCGCGCCUUCAGCUUCGUGACGUUCCUGGACCCCGAGGUGGCGCAGUCGCUGUGCGGGCAGGACCACAUCAUCAAGGGCGUGUCGGUGAACAUCUCCACGGCGUCGCCCAAGCGCGAGCGCGGCGCGCGCGGCUCGCAGCUGCUGGGCUGGGGGCUGGUGGAGGGCGCGCGCGUGUUCAACUGGCCGCCGCAGGACGCGUGGCCGGCGCAGCAGCCGCUGGACAAGUCCUACCUCAAGUACGAGUGACCGCCGCCCGUGCGCGCCGCGGGGCCGGACCGAACCUUUCUUGUUGAUCGCUGUCAGAUUUUAUAUGAAAGUAAAUGUGUACAUAAUAUAAUAUAGUAAUGAAGUUGUCUAAA